AUGGCUACCCGUAGCAACUCGGUCGCCAGCCGGAGUGCCAAUAUCCAGCAGCGCGCCUCCCAGAUUGCUGGUCAAGUUGCGGCUGAACAAGGCUGGCUCGAAAGCAAGCUGAAGCCGAAGAAGAUUACAGCCAGAUACCCGAUCAAAGGAAAGGCCUUGUUGUUCGCAACAUGUGGCUUUGGUAGUCUUGGUGAUGCUUUGUUCGGUUACAACUCUGGCAUCAUGUCUGGCCUGUUGGUCAACCCGGUAUUCGUCAGACGCUUCUUCAGUGAUUAUGGUGGUGCAGAUGGUAGCACGGCAGCAGUCAACCCUUCUAUCACGGGAAUAUCCGUCGCUUGCCUGCAAGCUUCCGCCGCUGUGGGCGCUCUUAUUGCUGGACGUCUUGGUGACAUGAUCGGUCGCAAGAGGACUGUUCGUCUCGGUGGUCUGAUAUAUUUCUUCUCCGCCUUUAUCCAAAUCUUUGCUCCAGGCUUCGCAACUUUCGUCGUCGGGCGAACGAUCCAAGGCUUCGGAGUAGGCUUCCUCUCCAUGACAGUCCCCAUCAUCCAAACCGAAAUUGCGGCACCCCACGCUCGAGGCCUCAUGGUUGGCAUCGAAUACACAUGCCUAAUCGCUGGUUACAUGUUGUCUUGCUGGGUUGACUACGGCUUUCACUUCAUGCUUCCGGACAACAUGAGUUGGCAAGGCCCAUUCAUUAUCCAGAUCAUCCUGUCCUUCAUCCUGGUAGUCAUGUCGUUCUUCCUCCCGGAAACUCCAAGAUGGUUAGCCAACAACGGAUUCAUGCAAGAAAGCCUUCAGACAGUCGCAGAUCUUCACUCGAGCGGCGACACCGACGCUCCGCAUGUUCAAAAGACCUUCUUCGAAAUCCAGGAGGCCGUCGUUUACGAAGCUGAACUCGGCAAAGCCGGUUGGAUAGAAAUGUUCACUCGAUACCGUAAGCGCACCAUUGUCGGUGUCACCGUCCAGAUGUUUGCUCAGCUAAACGGUAUAAACAUCAUUUCGUUCUACCUACCUUCAACGCUCGCCAGUGCCGGCUUCUCCGAUGAGAGGUCUCUUCUCUAUACCGCUGCAAAUGCCAUCCCUUACACAGCAGCUACCGUCGUUACAUGGUGGCUAGCUGAUAGAUGGGGACGCAAGCCACUCCUCAUCCUCGGUGGUGUUUUGAUGGCCGCAUUACUCGGCGUCGUCUGUGCUUUCACGGAAGCCUCGAUGCCCAUCAUGACCCGAGCUAAUGGCCAGUACGCUUUUAUCAUGCUUUACAACAUCGUCUACGGAUUUACCUGGGGUCCAAUGCCGUGGUUGCUGCCUGCUGAGAUUUUCCCGCUCCGAGGCCGCAGCAAGGGUAUGGCGCUUGCUACUACGUCCAACUGGAUCUUCAACUUCAUCAUUGGCAUGGUUUCACCUGAUGCUUUUGCGGGUAUUGGUGGAUACUUCUACCUCGUUAUCGCGGGCUUCUGCCUCUUCUCAGCAGGCCUUGCUCACUUCUACUAUGUAGAGACGGCGAACCAUUCGCUGGAGGAGAUUGCGAUGGCAUUUGGAGACAAAGCCUUCGCUGAUGGAAACGAAGAGGUCAUGGAUACUGUCAAGGCUGAGGAUGAGAAGAUCCACAACAACAAGGUCUAG